AGGGGAGGGGAAGGAAACGGGGGUGUGUUAUAUAAAGCCUUUUGGGCUUUUGCAGAGACGGAGGAGAAGAAGAAGCCUUAGAGCAUUUCAUCCGAUCAAAAGAGCUCGUAGUUUUUCCCUCAUUCUCUUCCUUUUUUCUACGCCCUGAGAACGGAGAUCGAUUUCGGAGACAAGUUACUACAAGAAUCCGAGCUCUCGAAGCCCAAUUACUGAGAGAUUCUUCUCAUUUCUUCUUCUUCUUCUUCUUCUUCUUCUUCUUCUUCUUCCUCAUCUCUGUAUGGUGGAAUCGAAGGAUUACAAACGUUUUGAGGAAAAGUGAAAUUCGAGUUUGAAGGUGGUUUUCAGGGAAGUGGAAGGAUCUAAUCUUCGUGGAAAACUAUUUUAACGAGAUACUAAGAGAUCGACGUCCGAAUCGGCGGUUUCAUUUCCUACUCUUCAUCAAUUGAUGAGAGGCCGUAGCGUGCUCGUAGAUGAGCGAUCGAUUAAGAGCCCUAUUGUUUCAGCUGCAUUUGGAGCUCAGAUCCUCAAUUUCUGCUUCGUUUCGUUGAAGUCUGAUGAAAUCCUCUUUGUAAGCAAAUUAUAUUGGAGCGAGAAUUCGAAGAAGGGCGAGGAGGGGAGGCGAUGAUCGUCACAAAGUUCAAAAUCUAAGGUAUUUGAAGAGAUUUUCCGAGUCCUUGACGCCUCUGUGGUACCAUCAAAAGGCAAAUCAAGAUUCGGUGGUACACAGUAGCAAGCAAGCAAGGAGAGAGGGAAGGUAAUAAAAGGGCCCUCGGAUGGAGAAGAAUCACUACCACACGCGAGGAUCGACGAGAGUGGGCGUGGCGGGGUUCAUAAAUGCUAACGGCGUCAGCGAGGAUCCGUCAAGUUUAACGGAGCCGGAUCUGCCGCUGCAGUGGGGGAAUCGGAAGCGAUCGAGGUGCGUCAAGACUCUGCGCAAGGACGCCGCCGACAAGAUCAGGGCCGAUCACCGCCUCCCCCGCCCCGAUAACUCCAAUCUCCUCCUCCGCCACACCUCCUCCCCCUCCCCGUGCCACCCUCGAAACCUCAGGAAUACGGAAGCGACGGCGACGAUGAGAGCGGCGGGUGGUCAUCAGCAGCCGCGCAACGGAGGAGCGAGAGUUGGGGGAGCGUCGGCGUCGCCGGAUCGGGCGAAGGGGGCUUGGUCGGAGGAGAGGAAGGGUUCGUCGUCGGGGAGCGAGGGGGCGGUGUGGCCCAAAUUCGCCAUCGCCCUCACCAACAAGGAGAAGGAGGAGGACUUCUUGGCGUUCAAGGGUUCCAAGCUCCCUCAGCGGCCCAAGAAGCGAGCUAAGAUCAUCCAGAGGACCCUCAACCUGGUGAGCCCGGGGGCUUGGCUUUGCGAUCUUACUCUAGAAAGAUAUGAAGUCCGAGAAAAGAAGAUAUCUAAAAAGCGGCCCAGGGGUUUGAAAGCUAUGCAAAACAUGGAAAGCGACUCGGAUUAGUUGGGAUGAGGAUAGCAGGCGAAGAGAAGCAUGAGGAAGUUAAACACUCAGCUGAGCUGGAUGUGGGGCAUUUCAUCAUAUGGUAUAUAUGGUUUGGAGGGAUGAGAGUUGUACAACCAAUCAAGCAUACGAAGAACCUUAGUAUCUUAAUGCUAAACAAGCAAAUGCACAGUAGAUUAUAUUUCCCUCUAUUUGAGAGCCAUUGUGGCACCCAACAGCUCCUUGGAUGGGGUUCGCUGGAGCGCUAGCAGAGAUAUUUGAAUCCAUGGCGAUCCGCAACCUUCUUCUAUCAACUGUUGGCCUUUUCUAUCAAUUAUGCUAACGGUCGAAAAAACAACUUCCUGUCAAAUAGAUGUGCUGCUUCUUUCUUGUAUUAUGUGUCUCUGGUUUGGCUCUUUACUUGGAAUUUAAUACAAGGGUUCAUCAAUUGCAGUUGGGCUUUUCUUUUCAA